UCAUGCUGCUGCCAAGUCUAGAGUCUCUCAUGGGUCCCUGUACGGCCUCCCAUUGCUGCUGUCUCCAUCGCCACACUCUGCUGCCAUGUGCCACUUUCAGGUCUCUUCACACUGCUGGUGUGUUUAAUUUUUUGACAUAGGGUGCAGGCAGAUUACGGGCCUCACAUAGCUGCUGCCAGGCCCCUAAUCUGCCAUGGGCCCCUAUAUACCGCCUCCUCAUGCUGCCCCAUAUCGGCCAUGGGCCCCCGUACCUCCUGGUCACGCUGCUGCUGAGCCCACAGUGUGACCUGGGUCCCUGUACGGCCUCCAUUGCUUACACUCUGCCAUGUGCCACUUU